AUGGGCCAGUCGACGACACAACAAACCGUCCCUGGCGUACGUGUGGACGUGUCAAACAUCAAGGGCACGACCCGAUUCAACGAUCUCGAGCAGUCCAUCCAGUCCGAGAUGGAGAACUGCGACAUGAUGAUUCAGCGGUUCAUGGCACACGCCUCCGAGAUUCGGGGUUUUAUGGCGGCGCACGGCGGCGACCUCGGACAGCUCACCACCGACGUGAACUGGCUGCAGCGCAAGUACGAGGGCGUCAAGACGACGCUGGACGAGGACAUUGUCACCCUGGCACAUCUCAAAGACUUGGUCAAGUCCGACGCCGACAUCGCCAAGAUGGCCUUCGCAGGCGCCGACCAACUCAAACUGCCCGCUCACUACCACCAGACCUGGCUCACGAGAGGCGGCUCGGGGAACAACACAACAAACGGCAGCCAGGACCGCAACCUCGAGGACGUGCUCACCCUCUUCUCCAACGAGGCCGACCGCCUGAAGGAGCUGCACCAGUUCCAGGUGCAGAAGAUCAAGGAAAUGGAGCAGCACAUGCCCGGCGUCGAGCACGGCCUGUACGAGCGAGUGCGGGCUCUGAGGGACCAGACGCAGGUGCCGGCCUUCAACAUGGUCCUCGACCUGUUGGAGACAAUCAAGAUGAUGGGCGACAAGAUCUACGAGGCGGCCGGUGCCAUUGUGGAUGUCCGCGAAAAGCUGACCCAGCUUCAGCGUCAAUACCCCACCAAAUAA